CGUGCCUACCGUUUUGGUCGACUUCUUGGCCCGAACGUCACCCGCGUCACCGUGACACACAAGCUGCUGCCUUGUUUCUAGCCCGUCUGUUCCUCUGCAAAUACGUUGCACGCUGAAGACGGCCACACCUUUCAGCAAGUCACCAACGUAGCGCAAGUGACGAUGGAGACACUCACGUCCUGCUUCGGCCUUCGCAAGAAGAAGCUCACAUCCGAGCGAGAGCCACUGCUGCCACAAUAUGCCGACGACACGGAGAUGCAGCGCCAGCUGCAUCAGAAACUGCACUCGUACCAGAUGGUGCGGGCAUUGACGAAAGGCUACAUGCCAAGCACGGAACAGAUCAUCAUCAAUCUCCGCACCGUGCUCGCCAGCAACCUGCUCAACUCGGAUAAUCCGGAGCUGUCAGACAGCGGCAGAAGACUGGUCAAGUACACGCGGCAAUGGCUGCAGCAAUUCAUGGAUCUCAUGCAGCACAAGAACGACCGUGACCAAAUUCAAGACCUGAUAUGGUACCUCAGCAAGAGCAGGAUUUCCGUCGACGUCGAGCACAUCACAGAGCGAGCACGGAAAAGCCGGGCGAGGGCGGACACUGCCGCAGCCUAUCAAAGCUUGAAGACCGUUGGCUCACUGCUGCUCACGAACGGCGACUUCAGGAACUUCUUGGGUGACUUGAAUGUCGUCGGCAGAGAGAUCUUCAGGGACUCGGCGUUCAAAUUGUCAAGUGUUGCGGAAGAGACGGGCAAGAAGCUCGAACCGUCGCAAGAAGAGCAACAACGUUUACUCAAGCAAUCUGCCAACGGCGACGGACAUGCUCCUGAUGGGCAGGAGCUCGAGAACGACGUCGCUGAGGUCGGCAAGGCUGUCGUCAAUGGCUCAGCGCAGGUGGCCAAAACGACCGUAGAGAGUGCUGAGGAGAAACUGCAAGGCGACGAAGGCAAGACGCUACUCAAUCGUCUAAAGCAAGCCGUGUCCAGCCUGAGGCAGAGGCCUGAUUACAACAGCUCCGUCUCAACUCUGUCGCAGCUCAUCAAGCACUAUGCAGUCAUCUAUUCUCGCGCGGCUGAGCAAGUCGAGCAGGCAGCAUCGGAGGCUACACAGCAGAAUCCGGAGACUGACCGGGCGCUCAAGAACGCCUGGAUUCUGAUCACCUCGUUCGGUGACAAGCAGGAGUGGGACAAGUGCGAGCAGGCUUUCAAGCAAGUCAUGAGCCAUCGUGAGAAGAACCCAGAGCUCGAGAGCACCGUGCAAGACAUCGGCGACUCGCUGCAGAAGCUCCUGACGGAUCCUUCCUUCUUCGACAACGCACCGCAGAAGUUUGAAGAACUGCGAGCCAAAAGCCGGGAGAGCAGCAAAGAUAGCAAGCUGAACGAGGAUGUCCAAGCACUUCUGCGCCAGAUCGAAGUCACAUGGCGCACCGUGGUCGAGGAUCCAGACAUCCACAAGCUGCUCACCACCACAUACCGCCUUGCCUCCAUACUAUCACCCGUCAGUCAAGCCACAAACCCAGAGCUCUUGACCGACGCCGUCAACGUGUUCGUGCCGCUACUCAUCUCAGCCAUCCAGUACGUCCCGAUUCCACGUCUGGAAGUCAGCACGCCCGACGUCGAUGUACUGCUCGAGAACCUCAUCAUCGAGCCCGGACAUACCGUGAACCAAAGCUCCUUCCUCCCGUAUCGCCUCAAAGUUGAAACGUACAACGACUUCGAGCUUCGCAAAGCCAAGUUCCGCACCGCCACCUCCACAACUUCUCUCGUCACUAUCAAGCUCGACGGCCUCUCCGCCCGAGCAGACGAAAUCGGCUUCUGGCUGCGCGCCCACUCCGGCUUCUUCCGCCUUGCAGACGAAGGCAUCGCCUCCUUCGCCCUCGAUGACAAGGGCAUCGACAUCCACGUUGACGUCGAAGUCUGCAAAGAACGCAUUGAACAAAUCCUCACACUGAAGGCCGUCCGAGUCCACAUCCACAAACUUAACUACGCCACCCGCAAGAGCAAAUUCACCUGGCUCGGCUUCCUGCUCAAACCACUCUUACGGCCCAUCCUACGCAAAACAAUGGAAAAACAACUCGCCACCGCCCUAGCCGACUUCUUCCACGCCGCCAACCGUGAGCUCCUCUUCGCUCGCGAGCGGCUGCGCGCAACACGCAUCAGCAAUCCCGAUGAUCUCAUGACGUUCUUCCGCGCCGUCGCCGCGCGGCUGCAGCCGGAAGAGGAUCCGGAUCUGUACACGCGGGUUGGUGUCGACGCGCCGGAGAGGGGCGGACACGUGCAGAAGAAUGUGUUUACGGGCGUGUAUGCGCCGGGGAGUAUUGUCAAGGUGUGGCAUGAGGAGGCGGAUCGGGCGGCGGAGAGGGUGGAUGAUUUCCAGGCGGAUGGGUGGAGGAAUGAGAUCUUCGACACGCAUGUGCAGCUUAUGACUUGAAGACCUGAGCUGGGCAAGGGUUUCGCGCGGGUUCCAAAUAUUUCGGCAUCAGACUGUAUUACUGUAGGCAACCACCAUGGUCAACGGGGUGGCUUCGGAGGUGGAAAGGAAUGGAAGGGGCGUCACUGAGGUAAAAGCAUGGGAGA